UUCAGUGAAAAAAUAAGUGGCGCAGAAGGAACAAAGUUAGAUGAAGAAUUUCAAGAGAUGGAAAGGAAAAUUGAUGUUACUAAUAAAGCUGUAGCAGAGCUUCUGUCCAAAUCCACAGAGUAUCUUCAGCCAAAUCCAGCAUACAGAGCCAAGCUGGGAAUGCUGAACACUAUGUCAAAGAUCAGAGGACAAGUGAAAACCACAGGCUAUCCCCAGACAGAGGGACUCCUAGGAGACUGCAUGAUACGGUAUGGCAGAGAGCUUGGCGAUGAUUCUAUGUUUGGCCUCGCACUACUGGAUGCUGGUGAGAGCAUGAAGCAAAUGGCAGAGGUGAAGGACUCACUUGAUAUUAAUGUCAAACAAAAUUUUAUUGAUCCUCUACAGUUAUUGCAGGACAAAGAUUUAAAAGAGAUUGGGCAUCAUUUGAAGAAACUAGAAGGACGCCGUUUGGAUUAUGAUUAUAAAAAGAAGCGUCUUGGAAAGAUACCAGAUGAAGAAGUUAAACAAGCAGUAGAAAAAUUUGAAGAGUCAAAGGAACUGGCUGAAAGAAGCAUGUUCAAUUUCUUAGAAAAUGAUGUAGAACAAGUUAGCCAGUUGGCUGUGUUUGUAGAAGCAGCACUAGAUUACCAUAAACAAUCCUCAGAAAUUUUGGAGGAUCUGCAGAGCAAGCUGCAAAACCGAAUAAAUGUAGCAUCUAGUCGGCCUAAACGUGAAUUUAAGCCAAAGCCUGUAAUAACGACAACUCUGGAAAUUGGUGAUAAUGAGCAGCACAAUGGGAUUGCCUAUAGUUCUUCCAUAAAAUCAUCAGGUAAGCCUAUGGACACAGAAUUAACAUGUUCUUCAGUGCACAUGGAUCAGCCUUGCUGCCAAGCUCUCUAUGACUUUGAGCCAGAAAACGAAGGCGAGCUUGGGUUUAAGGAAGGGGACAUCAUAACUUUGACCAAUCAGAUUGAUGAGAAUUGGUAUGAGGGGAUGUUAAAUGGAGAGUCUGGCUUCUUCCCCAUUAAUUAUGUUGAAGUGAUGGUUCCCUUGCCUCAGUGAUUGUGUCAUUCAAGCUGUGAAUGUGAUUUCAUGACUGAAAUGGAUUCACAAAUGUUCUGUCAGUGUGGCAUUCUGUGAAAGCCUUGCUAUUUGACUGACUUACUGACUUUUGUAUGCGUCUUUUUAAAAUGUAUUUAUUUUAUAUUCAAAAAAAUUUUACCUUCCCUGAUUCCAUCAACCUGCAAAAAAACCCAUACCCAGUUUUUUUGCUUUGUGCCUUGAAGAUCACUGUUUGAAGUGUUUACUGGUAGCUCACUGUUGCUCCAAAACCGAAUUUCCUUGCUAUUAUUGUACAUGGAUUUUUUUUAUCUUUGGCUGCAAUGAUUUUACUAUUGAAAACAAUUUUUAAAAAUACCAUGAGUGACGCUAACUGUAACCAGUUCCUAAGUUACUGAUGUCCUUAGGCUCCUUUCAUCUAUCACACUGUAAUUUAUUGUGAGCAAGUUAAUAUCCAUGUGUCACAGUGUAUGUUGACAAAAGGCAAAGUGGUUGUUGUCAAUAUGAUGAUGAUGAUGUUGUACUAAGUACAAGUUCUCAGCAUUGAAAAUUCCUAUAAUUUACUGACAAAACUGAAUAAAUAUUUCUGUGGGGUAAGAA